AUGUCAAACAUUACUCCAGAUAAUCAACAGGUAAGGCUGCCAUCUAUUCGCAUCCUGCUGAAUUCGAUAGAUACCCCUUCUACGGCUGAGCGAAAUCCUCUACCAGUGCCAGCGGUACCAGUCAGAGGGCUUGGCGAAUAUCAGGAAGAUCGAUUAGCUCAUAGCAGUAGCACGCAAUGCCUGCAGCCGCAGCAGCACCAGCAGCAACAUUUGCCCGUGAUGCGGGACCACAGUUGGCAAAGUUACGCCCCGACAUUUAGCCAACGAAAGGCCGAAGAUAGAGUUAGCAGUAGCCAUCCGAAUUCAAACGAUGGCAGCAAUCCAUCUGGAAGUGGUGGCAGUGCUGGUCACAAUGGUAGGAGAUCGAAUUUACCCAAGGAAACGGUUCAAAUUCUGAAUACAUGGCUAUUAGACCAUUUACGAAAUCCAUAUCCAACACCACAGGAGAAGCGGGAACUUCUAAUAAAAACAGGACUAACCAAGAUCCAGUUAUCGAACUGGUUCAUCAACGUACGAAGGAGAAAGAUCUUCUGUGACUACUACGAGUUGGCCAACAGGAAUCGAAAUUCUAGCGAGAGCACGGAACGAGUCACAGAGGAUGCCGUGAGAGCGGCCACAUCGUCAUCGAAUGAGGAAGACGAGUUGGCAAAGAGAUUUGCUCAGGCGCCUCUGACAAGACGCAAGAAACUGAUUGAUCGACUAGAGGAGCUGAAAAAAGCUUCCCGGGCAAGUUAG